CGUUUGUGACACUGUCGUCGGGAAUACUGUGAUGUGUCCACAGUGUGACGUAAAGUGCCCCUACUGGUAUAUAAACGAGACCUGCACAUAUACGAGGUUCACUUUCUUGUUUGACAACCCAGCUACCGUUUUCUUUGCUGUCUUCAUGGCAGUUUGGGCAACGCUAUUUUUGGAGUUUUGGCAGAGGAGGCAACACGUCCUCGCAUGGGACUGGGAUGUGCAAAACUUUGAUGAUGAGGAGACAGUGCGCCCUCAAUAUGAGAAACAGGCCACUGAGAAAAAGCUGAAUCCGGUCACACAACAAGAGCAACCUCACAUUCCAUGGAGCACUCGGUUUAUUGCUAAGACGUAUUCCUUCUGCUCACUCUUCUUUCUGCUGGUGUUGGUGAUGGCAGCCGUGUUUGGUGUCAUCGUAUAUCGUAUCAUCAUCGGCACACUGCUCUACAUGAAUGAGAAAGAUGCAGUGAGGAACACGUCCAGCAUUGUCACCUCCAUCACGGCCUCAAUCAUCAACCUCAUCGUCAUCAUGAUUCUCGGCCAGGUUUACAAGCUGUUGGCAAAAUUGUUCACAGAUAUGGGUAGGUAUAAUUACUAUGCAUUGCUAGAUCUAUAUUGUGAUCCUUCUGGCUGUAUGGUAGAAUUAGUCAUUCAGCUAACAACAAUUAUGAUAGGCAAGCAGUUUUUCAACAAUAUCAAGGAGAUUGUCAUGCCGAAAUUAAUGAAAUGGAUCAAGAAAAUUUUGAAAGGAGAGACAGAAGCAAGCGCUCCUCGCACAUCCUGGGAAAGAGACUAUCUAGUCCAAGGAGAUCCCCUUCUAGGAUUUUUUGACGAGUACCUCGAAAUGGUUAUACAAUAUGGAUUCAUCACACUGUUUGUUGCGGCAUUUCCUCUGGCUCCACUUUUUGCUCUACUUAACAACAUAAUGGAAAUCAGAAUAGAUGCAUAUAAAUACACUGUGGAAUACCGGCGCCCUCUGGCGGCUAGAGCACAGGACAUUGGUAUCUGGUACAGCAUUCUGAGGAGCAUCACCAUUCUUGCAGUUAUUUUUAAUGCAUUUGUGAUAUCAACGACUUCAGACUUCAUACAGAGGCUGGUGUACAUGUAUGGUUAUUCAGACAACAAAAACUUAGAGGGAUACAUGAAUAAUAGUUUGUCUGUGUUUGCAACAAAAGAUUUUCCUGCGAAUACAGGACCUGACUACAGUCAUAUCACCAUUAACACAGAACUUCGAGACACCGAAUUUUGCAGGUACCGAGGCUACAGAUUUCCCCCUGGAGAUGUAAAGGAAUACCAGGUUAACUUGCAACAUUGGCAUAUUUUUACAGCCCAACUGGCAUUUGUUGUUGUAUUUGAGCAUGUUGUGUUCUUCCUGGCAUGGUUCAUAGCCGUGAUCAUCCCCAACGUUCCACAAAGCGUCAAGGAUCAGAUGGAGCGAGAGAAAUACCUUGCUAAGACUGUUAUCUACAAGUUGGAGAGUGAGCGGGCUAAGAAAGCACGAAAAGGACAAGAUAGCUCGAUCCCUGAGAGUGAAGCACGUGUCAGCGGCCUCACUAAUUUUUGAUAAUCCAUGCUGCCAGCAAUAAUACCUACACUUAUAUCUCCUGCUUACUUCAAUCGGUACAUUUUAACAUAUUUUAAUUGUAAUUGAAGUUACAAGAUUAUUAAUUAUUUCAGAACUACGAUUAUAGUUUGUAAAUAGUUGGCUUUUCACACUCCUUUUUUUACUAAGUAGUGUUGUUACAUAUUGUAAUCAUGUAAUAAGUAAUUGUUAUUCUUUCCUGAUUUUAUUCAACUGUUACUAAACUUGCUUUGCUAAUAUAUUUCAAUUUUAUGAUUAGUGGGUUUCCGCUAGCAAUAAUUAGUUUCUAUAUAUCAUAUGAAUUUUCACUAACCAUAUUGAAUUUUUAAAUUGUAGUUUAUUGCGAAAUAGCAGCUGUCUAUAUGUUAUAUCUAUACAAACAAAGGAAUAUGCAUUGA